AUGGUGUUCCCCCAGCUUGCCGCCAAUAAGAACCCCCUGGCCACAAAACGCAAGCUCGUCUACAAACAGGAUCCCGACGGCGUGUUCCGGCUCCAAAAGAUCGACAACCGCCCCGUGACCCUGCGCAGACCGCUGGACCCGGACGACGACCUGGACAACGAGCUCCACGAGUGCCCCUAUACCCCAGUGGCACCGGCGCUGCCACCUCAACAGCAGCCAGCGGUCGAAUCACCCCCUACUCUGCCUGAAGCCAGUCCCACCCUCACGAAAAAAGCCCCCAUGAUGCGCAAGCCCUACUACACCACCAAGGUUAUCCCCGUGGGCAAUGGCUAUCGAGGUCGCCCCGAGCCGCCGGUGAUGAUGGAGCGGGCGCCUGGAGCGCCGCUCCCUGGGGGUCCAAUGGGUCACGCCCCGCCGCCGCCAAUUACUGGCGACGGAGUCGAUAGCAUCGAAGAACAGGAAAUGCUCGAAGAGGAAGCCUACAUGCAACAACAACAGCAAUUGCAGCAGCAGCAAGACGGACCGUGGUGGACGAGGUUGGGCGCCAUGUUUAGGCGAUCGCAAUCGCAAGUUCAGGACCCAGGGGUGCCGCCACUGCCGGACCAGGCGCUGCAGAUGACGCGCUUCAACCUCACGCUGUUUGCCAUUGGCUUUUGUUUACCGUCGCUCAUCUACGUGUUCCACUCGCCGCUCAUGCGGUCGUGUGUGCUCAUUCUGGCGAUCUUUAUCAUGAUCGGGCUUAACCAGGUGUUAGCUCCACACCGCAUGGUGCCCUAUGCGCGCAAUUACUGGCGCCAGCGCCGUGCCGCUCAGGGGACGGCGGCGCCGGUGAUGAUGGACGACGACGGGCCCGAGUCGCUCAUGGAGUACGGUGACGAUGAAUACCUCGUUGAUGAGUACGGUAACAUCCUCGACGGUUAUUACGACGAGUACCCCGACCCGGACACGCCGUCAAUUGCCUCGUCAGUUGACACCUACGGGUAUCCCACCCGGCGGCGCGCGCUGCACCAACCGCCAAUGGCCCGACAACUGCCGGUAGCCCGCCACCAUGUCCGCGCCGAACUGGUUCCGGCCGACAUGCACGUGUACCCCCCUGGAGGUAGGGUACCGCCAAAGCGGAACUAUCCUCGAGAACGGCUCAAUCUGCGCGCCGACGGCGCCCUCCCGUUGCCAGAAAACACUACAUACCACCAACGAGAGGUGCUUCGCCAGCGUGAGAUUGAGCGUGACCACGAGCGCGAGCGUGAGCAAGACAUGCGCCACAUGGACUUGGCCAACCGGGUGAUCAAGGUGAAUCUGAUUCAUAAGAAGCCCACCAUCUCUAAGGAUUUGCCGAUGCCGCCUCACCAUCACGUUAGUGAAGUCCCAUUGAUGAACGAGGUGCGGAACCUUGAUCGCGACGACGGCGACACCAUGGGCUUGCAUCGCAACAAUACCGUGGGCUCAAAGCGCAGUAUUUUGGGAACGAGAGCAAACUACAACCGCUUCAUGGCCAACGUCGACGACUAUUAA